AUGCCGAAGCGCAACGCCAGGAAGAAGCACCACUGUCCUAAAUGUCAAAAGACGAACAAGUCAGCGUCGAGGAGGGACCACUGCCCCAAGCACCAGUGGAGCUGCGCGGACGGCCACGAUGAGUUUGUGCAGCUCAAGACUGAGCCCUGUCGGAUGUGCCAGAGGAAAUACAACGGGUAG